AUGACGAUGAUGACGGACAAUAUGUAAAGUAAAUUUGUCUCUCUAGGAACUUCCACGUUGACCAUUUCCGGGAUGUUUCGUCUUCAAGGUUUCCUCUUGUUGUAAGGUACCGGGUAUCACACGGAUCUGAUCCGGUUAAUCAGAGGUCUGUUUAACAUGAUGCUCAGCUAAGUCUAUAGUUCCUGCUAUUUCAGUCUGUACACAAGCUUUUACACUGCUUGGCCUCCCCCCUGCAACGAUUGCGCAACUUAAAGGCGUUACAAAACCUACCAGUGUCAUUGUAUAUCUGUGACUUUUGAUAGGUGGGCUGAUUGAUUCGAUUAGAUCAAUUGCUUACUGUGUUCAACAGUUUGUUCAUCAGAGGCCUCUUCCAUCACGGUACUCUACGAAUUGAUCACUUAGUACUCUUUUUUGAUAAAUGUGACAAGAAGUAACAUAAUUCUUAAUAUUUCUACGAAUUCCUGGCAAAGAAAAAGCACUCUGAGUCUUGUAAAUCGGUGUGUUCAAAUCUGUGCGGUCUCAGUCCCAGUACUUUUUGUGCUUCAUCUCUUCAACUCAUGUCUAAGAGACAGGGGUUCGAACGCCGUCGAAACCUAAGUUUUUCCAACAAUUAUAACGUAGUGGGUCCAACAGCAAGGAGUUAUCUCCCUUUCUUAACUGGAGCAGCGCA